UUCUUUACUUUGAACCCCGCCCCGCCUCCACCUGCCGUACAGAAAUAGAAAAGGUUUGGCAUGAAAGAGCAGCAUUUGUGGUAGUGAGAGUGAGGACAAAUCACAGUCACAGUUUCAGCCAGGCACCAGGCACCAGGCUCAGAGUCCGUGUGGUUGACAUUAGCUGGAGGAAAUCGUUAUCUUCCGUUUGCUCAGCAUCAGCAACGUCUGAAACCCACAUUUCGGAAAGAGCUAACCAGCUUGGCUGAACACCAAGCCGGACAUACCCAAGUUCAGACAGGUUCCAGACAACAAUUAUAACAAAGUAGUUACCAAGAGCUUGUGAAGCUUAGCUUGACAAAUUCCGGCCGUUAGACUUUUGAGGGAAUGGCAUUGGACUUCGCUGCGGGUUGCAUAGGAGGCGCUGCUGGUGUUUUGGUCGGACAUCCAUUUGACACUGUGAAGGUGAGGCUUCAAGUUCAAAAUGUAGACAAACCUCUGUACCGUGGGACAUAUCACUGCUUCCAGUCAAUCAUACGCCAGGAGUCGAUGCUCGGUCUGUACAAAGGCAUCGGCUCUCCAAUGAUGGGCCUGACCUUCAUCAAUGCCAUAGUUUUUGGUGUCCAGGGCAACGCCAUGCGCAAACUUGGCCGCGACACACCUCUCAACCAGUUCCUGGCUGGAGCCUCUGCUGGAGCCAUCCAGUGUGUCAUUUGCUGCCCAAUGGAGCUGGCCAAGACACGCAUGCAGCUGCAAGGGACUGGAGAGAAGAAGUCAAAGAGGAAGUUGUAUAAGAACUCCCUGGACUGUCUGGUGAGAAUCUACAAUAAGGAGGGAAUCCGAGGUAUCAAUCGCGGCAUGGUGACCACCCUGCUGCGUGAGACGCCUGGUUUCGGUGUGUACUUUCUCGCUUAUGACGUGUUGACACGUUCCCUGGGCUGUGAGCCAGAAGACCCUUACAUGAUCCCCAAGCUGUUGUUUGCUGGUGGAAUGUCUGGCAUCGCUUCCUGGAUCUCUACCUAUCCCGUGGAUGUGAUCAAGUCGCGUCUUCAGGCGGACGGGGUCGGCGGUGUCAACCAGUACAAUGGCAUCAUGGACUGUGUCAGGCAGAGCUUACAGAAGGAGGGGUGGAGGGUGUUCUCGCGUGGACUCACGUCCACUUUGCUCCGCGCAUUUCCAGUGAAUGCAACCACAUUUGCCACUGUGACUCUAUUUUUAUUGUACAUGCGUGAGGGAGAAGAGUGUAGCAUUGAGGACUCUGAGCCACAGUCUGUCCAGCUGCAGCCUCUGAAGACACAGACACAGCCAACCAGCAUGUAAGCUAUUGUGCAGCAGUGAGCAUUACUACAGUCAACAGCAAAUCUAUCGAGUAUAGAUGGAAUUUGCAUGCAUGUAGGUCUAUGGUGUCCAUAAUGAGAAAGGUGUACUGAUCUUAGGUGAGCAUCUGCCCAUGGUGCUUCAGCAAAGUGACCACAUGUAGUAUUUAAAUAAUAUAUAUUUUGAGAUAAAAGCUGCACUUGUAAAUAUGGUCUGUUUUUUUUUAAGUCCUUGGUUUUGUACACAUUUUCUUUUGAGUUUUAAGUAAUUUAGGAAGCUUGAAGGUUGUAGCCUACUGUACAGUUACAGAUGUUCCUAAAAUUUAGAAUCAAAGAAAUGCUUCAGGUCAAAAUGGAUUAUGUUUGGAAUUCAUAUUAACAACCAGUCUCCACUAUUAGACAUGCCUAGAGCAUUCAUUGACAGUUAUUGAUUACCAAACAGUCUACAACGUUUUUACUGUUCCUUUGUGCAAACUUCCAUCAGUGAAAUUAAUGCGAUUUUAAAGAUUUAAUGUAUUAAUUUUAAGCGGGUUAACCAAUCCAUCAUAAUCUCGCCAUGUCCAGGUCAAGGUCCUUGUUAUUUUCCUCCAUAUGGUGUGAGCACACCAUUUCAGCAUCUUAUCGUAACGGUUACAAAUACAAAGAAAGCCUUGUACAUGUAAAUGUGCAUGUAUACGCUUUUUGUACAUGCACAUUUAUGUGGAUAUUGUUGUAUUCUUUUUCUGAGGUUACAACUGUGGUUAAACUUUGCUAUGAGAAGUCCUAGGAAUUUGAGGAAGUUGUGGAUGCUGUCUGAAGUUUUAAUCAAGUGUGAGGUUACAACUGUCAUCUUUUUAUUUCAGUUCUUUCUCUACUUUAAUAAUCUGCAUUAGAUUCUGAAGUUCAUAAUGAAAAUCUUACAGGCUCAGACAUUGGCCCAUUGCAGUAUGACAUAAACAUGGUUUAGAAAAAGUCAGAUACAAAAUAAUCACGUGUGAUAAUUCCUUUUAAAAAUGUUUAAUUAAAUGACACAAUCAUUGUCUAAAACCAAAUCUGAUGCAGUUUUUAAUCUUUUUGUCUUGGACAUCGUAGUGUCCAACAAAAGCACCUUAUGGUAUGAUAUUAAGCAUAUGUACAGUUAAAAAAGAUUUUUGGGAAUUACAUUUUUUACUUUACAAUAGAUUUUAUAGUUGUAUUUGCCACUAAUGCAAGAUUCUGUUAGUGUCGAGCAAAACUGAUGGCUUGUUAAAAGUGGGCUUUUUAAAAUCCAAAAUGUAUUUUUAAACCUUCCGCUUCCUGUCAGUAGAUGUGAAGCACAACGUUUAGCAGUCUCCACAUGGGGGAAGUAGAAAUAAAAUUCAGCUUGUGGCUUGAAAUGCCUGAUGUGAUUUUAUUUUUUUUAUUUUUUUAUUUUGGGUAAUGAUUCUCUAAACAUUUAUGAACCUGUAAUAACAAUUGACAUUUUCAGACAUUUGACCAUCAGAUGCAAGUGUUAUUUUUGUGGGAAAGUCACUUGUCGAGGUUACUAUUUUGCCAAAAAACAACAGAUUUUGGUAAUGCUCACAUUUAAGUCAAAUGUUCAGUGCCAAAGAUGGAACCAAACUAUUUGCUAUUCUGCUAAUGGUUCUGUUGUCUUAAAGCCUCUAAAUCAGACACAAAGUUUUUUUUUUUUUUUUUUUUUUUUUUUUUUUUUUUAAUCCUUGGACAAACAAAAUCUGGUUAGGACCCCUCUGCUUCCCCUCAGAAUUAACCAUUAUAGGACAGAGAGCACACACGUCAGUCAUAAUGUGACCUCUGUACUUUACCCAGUUGACAGCUAACUGAGUUAACAAAUGCUUCACAGGUUUAAAAUGUAAACUAUUAACAUGUCAAACACAGACACUGCAGGCUCCAAAAUGCACUUGUAACACCUAACUGCAGGUGACACAUGUAUCAAAAUAGCUGAAGCUACUACUUUCCUUACGUGUAGAUGGCACACAUCUUCAUUUCUACAUCUGCAGUUCUAAACUGCUGCUGCUGUUACUUAUCAGAUGAGUGGUAUAUGUUAGACUGGGACUGCAGGGUCUCAAACUAAAUAAUAGACAUAAUAUUGUACAUACUGUGAAUUUGGUGUUUUUUGUUUUCAUGUCAUCCUGUAAGUAUAAAGGUGUGAAAUCACUAGGCUUUAGAUUUACCUUAAUUACAAUCCUGUAUUUUCCUGUUUCAAGACUUCAGUUCUCUAUUUUGUAAUGGACAUUCGUCUAGGUUUGUCUGACUGUACAGGUGGAUAAUGCAUGAUUGCCGAUAUCUUUGUAAAAGGGCUGCUUUAACUGUCUAAUAUUGCCUGUGUGUUCUGUACUUGUUUAUGUAGAAUAUCUUGCACCAAAGCAGCAUGCACAAUUAUGUAGUUCUCUGAAAGAAUGAUGAAAUAAAAGCUACAUUUUAUUCUCA